AUGAACGAGAUACGGCGUGAAUAUCCAGGCGUGCCAGACAAUGGACCACAGACGAAUAGCAUUACCUGGGCUUUCGUUGCCGUCGCGACAACUUUUCUUGGCCUUCGUAUGGCCUGUAAACGCAGAAGGCGAAGCCACCUUUGGAGUGAUGACUGGUUUCUAGUGGCGUCGUGGGUACCCCUAACUAUCUCAUGUGUCCUCGUGAGCGUCAAUAUAGCCGCUGGGUUCGGGAAACAUGACGAGGACAUCGACCCGGAAGUCCUUGGCGAGCUAGGCUUGCGCAACGUUGUCGUGGGUUCCUUGUUUACGAUCAGCUCGGCGUGGAGCAAGACCUCGUUUGCUAUCUCCUUGCUCCGUAUUGCGACACCGCACAUGCGUAUCCUGAUCUGGACGGUCGUGGCCUCCAUGAACAUAUUCUUACACGUGGCUGCCGUGUUAACUUGGGUGGCAUGCCACCCGAUCGAGAAAUUAUGGAUGUAUACCCCCGAAGGAGAAUGCUGGCCGUCGGCGAUAAUUAUGCCAAUGGGUGUCUUUUUCAACGCAUACUCGGGCUUCUCGGACCUGGUCCUCGUUCUCUUGUCGUGGAGAAUUGUGAUGAAGUUGCGGAUAAACUUGAAAGAAAAGAUUGGUGUAGCGAUUGCCAUGAGCAUGGGCCUGUUUGCGGGAGGUAUAGCGAUUGUUAAGACCGUCGAGUUAACCGUCAUUAACGAACGCGACUUCAACUCGGAAAUCGCAACCACCAUUAUAGCAGCUUCCAUCCCGGUCCUAAGAACUCUUAUCUGCGACUUAACCUGGUGCGGUGGUAAUAGAGCUGCGGCGGGUAAUAGAUAUCUUCGAUUCAAUUCGCCGGUAGAAAAUAGAGAGGCAGGUAUCGAGACCGGUGCGGAUGGAACAGGAACAAUCAGUGGAAGCGUCGGUGGUUAUUCUGCCACAAGCGGCUCGCGGAAAUCAGGGGCUAGGGAGAAGUUGUCGAAUAACUCGAGGGGCGAGGGAAGUUCACCACAGCUUAGUCGACGUGGUAGCCCCCGUGUUAUGGGCAUUGAGGAGAGUCGAGAGCGAUGUGGUCAUAGAGAGGAUGCUGCAAUUGGAAUCUAUGAGAUGGAGAACCUGGGAUAA